AUGCGGCUCCUCGUGUACUCUCUGCUGGUGUGCAGUGUUCUGUGCGCAGACGGCACCGGAGCCCACGACAUCCCGUUGAAGAGCAGCAUCGGUACAGAGCCGGAGAACGGCUAUGGCACGCCCGGCAUCCUGCAGAGGAUGGAGGAGCGUCUGAUCCAGAUGGCGGCGCGGCUGGAGACGCUCACACACACGGUGGACACGCAGCUGGCGCAGCUGGACAACAGCGUGCUGCAGCUGUACAGGGAGGUGGGCAGCAGUCGGCUGACAGAGACCCUGGCCGAGCUCAGGCAAGCCGCGCUUGCAGCGAAGGCGCCCGCCGCUACCGCCGCCGCCAGCCCGCCCGACCUCGCGGACACCAUCAGCCAGGAGAUCCGCCAGUCGGAGCAGCAGCUGCAGCGACACCAGCACAGCGGCGUCUACACCAUCUUCCCACCCGUAUGCGGCAACGGCGGCGGCAUCCGCGUCUUCUGCGACAUGGAGACGGACGGCGGCGGCUGGACGGUGCUCAUGAGGCGCGCGGACGUUGCCGACCACCAGGACUUCAACAUGGGUUGGCAGAGCUACAAGUGGGGCUUCGGCAACCUCAGCAGCGAGUUCUGGCUGGGCAACGAGUACAUGAGCCUGCUGACCAGCAUGGAUCAGAUGCAGUUACGUGUGGAUCUGAAGGCUUGGGACAACGCCUCCACCUUCUCCACUUAUACUCCCUUCUCCAUCGGCACUGAACAGCAGAAGUACGCAAUCAAAAUUGGCGUGAUUGGCCGUCUCACCACCUGCCAACGUCCGUGA